AUGUCGUUGGACUUUUCGGAUUAUCCCUUGACAAACGCCGGUAAACUCCCCUCCAUACUCCCUCCUAAAUCCGUUGCCGACGACCUGAUACGCGACUACUUUGACUUCGGUCUGACAACAUCUCGAUUUGUGCACAAACCGAGUUUAUUGGCGGUAGUUGACAAGUUGUACAACCUCGAAGAAACCUUCCACUCCAACCAGGAUGAUUUAGCCCUGGUGUACAUGGUGAUGGCCACUGGUUCUCAUUAUUCCAAAAGGAAUAGCGUUUUCUGCGGGUACUCUGCUAGCGUGCGAUUCUUAACCAUGGCCCAAAAGGAGCUCCAGAAAGAGUCUAGCAAAGUUACGCUGAGUUCGUUACAAGCUAGACUGUUGGUCACUCACUAUCUAUUGAAUCACUCAAGGAUGCAUGAGGCAUGGUCUUCCUUCGGGAUCAUUGUUCGACAGGCUCAGGCACUGCGGCUUCAACGAAAGUCAACCGCGCCGUGUACCAAUCACGUUGACUACGAGUACCGCAAGCGCGUUUUCUGGUCAAUUUAUACUUACGAUCGGAUUCUGAGUAGCAUAUUCGGCCGUCCAUGUGCAUUGCACGACGAUGAUAUCGAUCAGGAAGAAUGCGCCCUGGCAAAUGACGAGGGUAUCACUGUGUCGGAAUGUCGCACCCUGGAACAGGGCAACUUCUGCUCUGCGGCAGCACUCAUCCGUUAUGCGCAGCUGGCUCGGAUGUUGGGCCGGAUUCUUCGCGAAUUCUACAGUCCAGUCGCCAAGCGAUAUAGUCUUCACACCUUACAACAAAUGGCAUCGGAUAUUGAGAGGGAUCUAGAAGACUGGCAAGACAAUCUUCCUGUUUACCUCAAUUACGUCUCUUUACCGUCAUCGGCCAUGUCCACAAUGACCCAGAGGCAGACGUGUACCUUGAAACUAACCUUUGCCCAUACAAUGCUUCUGUUGUACCGUCCGUUCCUUCUUCACUGGAUUCGCGCAAGCGAUCAAAUUGCAACGGAUCUGGAAUCGUGGUUCAAACAUUGUGGGAACAAAUCCGUCGAAGCCGCCAGUAUGGUUGUGGCCGAAUGUCGCGACCUUUAUGAACGCGGUCUCUUCUCUCGACUGUUCUGGCUUGUCAACUAUGUCCAAUUCGCGUCUGUCGGGACUCUGUACAUGUACUCCUGUCUAUGGCCACACUCGUCCAAUGUCAGGGCUACGGCUGACGAGGCACUGGCGCAAUUCCCGACCGGGGUGGAAGGCGACCUGGUGGGUCAACGUUAUCUCGAGAUUCUCAAAGAACUACAAGAAGUUACAAAAGGGUUUAAUAUCGGUAAUGUCGCUCUUGAUGAUCAAUCUAUCUUACAACCCGGGGAUUCUUUCGCCAACGAGAUGCCUGCUUUUGAUGACAUGUUAAUGAGCUACGGUGACCCGUGGGGAGUCGGACUGUUCGAAACAACGCCGCUAAUCGAUGGUCAUGACGGAGCAAGUCUAUAA